AUGAAGAUUGCAAUCACCGGCGCCCGCGGCACAGUCGGCAAACUGGCCGUCAAGGCGUGUGCAGCCGCCGGCCACCACACUGUCCAAGUCGACCGCACCCAUCAAGAAUUUGAUGGCACAAAAAAAUCUGAAAUGCGCACCGCCGACGUCGCCAACGACUAUGAUGCCACACUCAAAGCGUUCAAGGGGUGCGACGCGCUCAUCCACCUCGCCGCCAUGCCCGACCCCGUCGACAAGGCCGACUGGAAAGUGCACAACAACAACGUCAACUCGGCCUUCAACGGCUUCCACGCGGCUGCCACUCUCGGUAUUAAGCGGGUGUGCUAUGCAAGCUCCGUCAACGCUGUCGGUCUCGCGUACGCGAAUCGUCCCUUGCAUUUCGACUAUUUCCCGCUUGACGAGGAGGCGCCGCAGCGGCCGACGGACGCGUACGCGCUGGCCAAGGAGGAGGCCGAGUGCCAGGCAAGGUCGUUUGUGAACUGGUUCCCCGGUAUGAACAUCGCGUGUCUGCGUAUUCAUGAAGUCGCUCCCCUAAAGGACGUGCAGAAGGAGCAAAGCGAGAACUGGGAGAAGUCCGCCGUCCAGCAGCUAUGGGGCUGGGUGCAUCCAGAGGCCGUGGCAAGGGCGUGCUUGCUUUCUGUUGAGAAGGCCGAGAAUCUCAACGGCUGUCAGGUGCUGAACAUUGUGGCGCCGAGCACGACACAAGAAAGGGCAUCUCAAGAUCUGGCGAAGAAGCAUUAUCCCAAUGCAGAAAUCAGGGGCGAUAUGUCUGGAAACCAGGGCUUCUGGACAACGGAUAAGGCUGAGAGGCUGCUGGGAUGGAAACAUGAGGAGAAGGAAUGA